AUGCUGAAUGACUCCGUCAACGAAGUGUCCGACUCCGAUGGGCCUCUGGGUGAAUCCCGUCUGCCCGCCCGCUCCGUGGCGUCUCCUGGCUCCUCACACGUGCACGGCUCUCAUGGGCAACACACGCAGGGCCACUCCUUCAACCUAGGGUUCCAUCAUCUGCCCCAACAUCACCACCAGAACAACCACCAGAUGCCUCCGGCGCCGCAGGGGGCCAUCCCGUUCCCACACGCGCUGCCGCUGCUGGACUUCUUGAGGCCGCUUUUGCAUCACAAGCUGCGGCUGACCAACAAUGUCAACCGGGUCCGGUCCAACCUGAACUCCACCAAUCAGGCCCUGCUGUACGCCAAUCUGGACUUGCGCCAGCACAGGGACAGUUUCUUGCAGAACAACCCGUUGGUCGACGAAAACAGCAAGUACUUUGGCGUGUCGUUGGCCGACGCCAUCUCACAGGCCCUGGCCAAGAUCUCCAUAUUGGGCGCCACGGCCGCUCCCAAGCUGGCCUCCGACGACGUGCUUCACUACGGCCGCAUCCCCGUGGUCGUGGCCAAGUGCGGUGUCUACUUAAAGAAAAACGGCUUGAACGUCGAGGGCAUCUUCCGUGUGGGAGGCGCCUCCAAGCGUAUCAAGGAGCUCCAGAUCAUCUUCAACCUGCCGCCCGAGUUCGGCAAAAAGCUCUCCUGGGACGGCUACACCGUCCACGACGCCGCCUCCGUGCUUCGGCGCUACCUCAAUGCCCUUCCUGAGCCGCUCAUCCCACUACAUCUUUACGACGAGUUUAGGGACCCGCUCAAAGCCCGUCCUAGAAUCAUCAAGUACAUGCGCUACAAGGCAGAAAACCCGCUGAAGGUGCGUCUGAGCUCACAGGAAAUGCUCCAAGCCCAGGCUAGCAGAGAACUGUCCCAAACAGCCAUCUCCGACCCUCCUCAACCCCAGCAGUCCCAGCUGGCCCCACAAGCAAACCAACAAGAACAGACGACUCAACCAACGGCACCAGCUGCACUGGAAAAAGCCAGCUCCGAGGCCAAACAGGAUAGUCCAUUGCCCACUAAGGCUCAACGCAAAGCUCGUAACUACAAGAAGCUCACGCGAGACGUGUACGACGCCAUUGACGAGUACAAGGAGCUCCUUGACGACGUGCCGCAGCUCCUGAAACAGCUCCUUUUCUAUAUCUUGGACCUCCUUGCCAUGGUCCAAAGCAAUGCCCACGAGAACCUCAUGCUGGCGCGCAACUUGGCCGCCAUUUUCCAGCCGUCCAUUCUUUCCCACCCCAACCACGAUAUGGAUCCCGAGGAGUACGCUCUCUCGCAAUCUGUCGUCGAAUUCCUUAUACAAUAUGCCUACAAGCUCUUGCCCAACCAGGAGCAGUCCUCUCCGGAGCCUGCGACACCAACACCAAUAGAUACCCGGGCAAGCCCGAAGGCUGAGGCUAAGCCGGCAGCGGCUUCAUACCUCAACUCACGCACCAGUGGUAGACAGCACAGCCAGUCACUACUGUCGCCAAACCCAGACGACCUAGACCUUAUUGGUUUCCGCAACACCACCGCUCCAGGAAGAGGCGUAACGCUAUCUGACACGGAGCAAGAUUUUGCCUCUGGCUCCAGCGACGACGAAUACGUGUCUGAUGCUGGCCAGCGGCGCCCUAGACAGGCAGAGGUGCCCAAUCUUCUCUACGUGGUGAAUGCUGAUGCCAGCGACGAAGCAGCGAGUGGGGGCUACGAAUCACGCGGGUCGUCCAAAUUGUCGCCUCCCAUCAUCGUUUCUGAGGCGCCCCAGGGUACAGAGGUGACACUCCCAUUCGUGCUUGAACAGAAAGAACUAUACCCAAUAUGGUUUAGAACUGUGGUGACUAGCAGUUGCUUCAAGAAGAACCUUCCACUUGAGAAACCGUACUUCAUCACGUACAUGUACGACCCAGCCAAAGCUGAACAACUAUUCGAGAAAGUUGACGAAGCUGAAGCAAAUAAGGUCAAAGCUAAUGUCGAAGCAAUCAGCGAGAAACUUUUGGAAGAGGCCAUUGAUACCAGAUUCAAAUCUGGACUCGUUGAUGAAUAUGGCAUCGAUGCUAUCAAGAGAAUUCAUGAAGUAAUGUGCCAGAGUGACUUAGAACUGUGUCAGGAGUACUAUGCCUUCUUUUCAAAGGCUCUCCAUGGCAAACGUCAGAUACCCGAAACUGACGCCGUCAUGCAAUCUUCCUAUUUCAUUCAGAAAGUUCAUAACUUUACCUACUUGGAACAUUUCGGAAUGAGGAAGAUGGCAUCCUUCCCGGACAAACAUCGCUACAUCACUAAGGCAAUCUUACAAACGUUGGGUGUCGAGACCUUGGACCUCAAGAAGAUGAUCUACGAUAGUUGUAUGAGCAGAGAAGGAUUCAAUCAACCGGAACCGUACUGGGCAUUCACUGAUGUUAAUCCAAAGCAGCCCGGGGAAAAGUCCGAAGAAAAUGCUACCAUCAACAGGGUCAAGUCCAAGUGGUGCUGGAAAUGCGAAACCGACACUCACUGGUCCAAGAAUUGUCGGAAGUUGAAGAAACGGAAGGGUAAAGGCGAUGACCAAAACAAUGGCCAAAAUGGCGGCCAGGGCAAUGGCCAAGCCCCCAGACCUAAGAGACAGAAACAGGACAACAACAACCAAUCUAUCAAUAAAAGUGGCCCAUAUUACAAUGUAGGUCCAACUACAGAUUUCAUUUGGGAUUCUGGGAGUCCAAUCCAUGUUACACCACACUGGGAACUUCUCUAUGACUUUGUCCGGAAACCUACAGUCUUUUAUGAUUUUGGUGUCAAUAAGUACACCGCGGUGGGCUACGGCAAGAUUAGAAUGGUUCUUAUGACUGGAGACGCUGUCGUCUUAGAUGACGUCUACUACAUCGACCAAGCACUGUCAAACAUUAUCUCUGCAUUCAGAGGCAUUCGAGACUUUACCGUUCACUAUGAUGACCGCACAAAAACGCUCAAGAAUGAACAGGGUGCUGCUUUUGGACAGGGAAUACUGCCAGGUUACUUCAAGAUCUCGGCAACCCCUGAGAUCUCCAAACAUCCCUAUAAUGCUUUGACAGAAUUGGAAGCGCAGCACAUUACUGUGAACCAUGCUCGGCUAAAUCAAGUAUCGCUUAACGGCGUCCAGUCAGUGGAUUUCAAGACUUCAGCGACCUACAAAGACGAAGACAUGAUGAAUCAUAUUCGCCUGGGACACAUGAAUCACCAACAGUACCUAGCGCUACAAAAGGAGUAUCCACAUCUACCAGAUAUUCCUAGGGACAUACGCAAUCAUUGCCGGUCUUGCCAGGUCAGUACUAUUACGAACUACCGCAAGUCGCGGGUCACUGAGCGGGUCCCAACACGUCCGUUAGAAAUUAUCCAUGCGGAUGUUUGUGGUGAAAUCAGCCCAGGUGGAAUAUUCAAGAGUGAGAGAUACUUCCUCAUUGUUGUCGAUCGCUUUACAGGCGUAUAUCAUGUUACUCCCCUUCAGCGGAAGGAAGACACCAUUCAGGCCCUUUGGUGUACUUUGACUGAAUUGAUCCGGGAUUUUCCUGGAUGCCGCAUAGGUGAGAUCAGAGUUGAUAAUGGUACGGAGUUUCAGAGUAGACUUCUCAAUGAUGGCCAGUAUAUCAGUCUUAACGAGGCUGGCAUCGUGAUGCAGUUUACCACUCCAUACAACUCCCACCAAAACGGCACUGCCGAACGCGCCAUUCGAGCCGUUCUGGCAAAGUCUCGCGUCCUUUUGUCUCAAAGCGGAUUACCUCUCAGCUAUUGGCCCGUAUCCGUGACCGCUGCCGCUCACGUCAUUAACGGGUGUCCAAGGUCCACAAAUGAAUGGCAUAUUCCGAAUCGACUGUUACCAAAACGUCCGAAAGAUCGAGCCAUCAUCUGGGAUGAACCCCCCUUUGGAUGCCUAGGAUACGUAAGAAAACACUCAAUACCUGCUGGCGAGAAGAAUACACCCCGUGGUGAGGAGUGUAUUUUCGUUGGUCUUUCGAAAUGUAGACGGGCCUUCCGAUGCCUACUCAUUGAGAAUGAUCAACCAACCACGACCAUCAUUGAAUCACACCAGGCAGUUUUCUACGCCAACAAGUUUCCACUUGCAAACCGGAAACUCGAGGUGGACGAGGAUCCUCGUCAUCACCAUUUCAUGAGUCAGAGCCACUCUCUACACUUCAUGGGGGAAUAUGAAGAUGAGAUUGUCUCUGUGCCAAGUCCAGGAACUCCAGUUGACUCAGAACCCGAAGUUGUUAGGUCUGACCCCGGUGAGACGUCGCCGACGGUCACAGAACAAGAGACUAGAGCCAGGACACCAUCCGAGGAUUUUACCUCCCCGCUCUGGGCGAUAGAGAGGGAGGAUGUUUCCCUCGCUGAUGAAGAUGAUCCAAUACGAGACAUGUGUACUGAUAGCGACAUCCUGAGCCAUCCCAAUGCUGAACAGCAAGAGGAUCGCGACCCUCCGAUUGAUGACAGUCAACACAAUCAACGGAGACUGAGUCGCAUUGCUCUGAAGAACCGACACAACUACAAGGAUCUAAAUAGUGGACGUAUAUCCAAGACGGCCUCAGCGGUGAGAGAGGGAAUACUUAUGCACAUACGACACAUUCAAUCGCCAUCCUCAGUUACUUAUCCUGAGUAUCCAGUGUCUAGUGAAACCACCGCUUUCUGCCUCUUUAUGGAAACGAUCCAGUGGAGUACUAAAUCAUUGAACGUCAAGAUUCACAACUUGAACGUGAGCUAUCUACCAGAAACUUAUCAGGAUGCUACUACAGGAGUUGACCGUUUGAAGUGGGAAGCUGCCAUUGAGGUAGAAAUCAAGGCCCUAAAGGAGAAAGAAACAUUCGAAGAAGUCGACCUCCCGAAAGGACGGAAAGCAAUCAAGUACAAAUGGGUCUUUUCUAUCAAAGACAACGAACUCUACAAAGCCCGACUUGUUGCAAAAGGAUUCUCGCAGAUCCUAGGUCUUGACUAUACUGACACUUUCUCCCCGGUGGCAAAGUACGAAUCUGUCAAGCUUGCACUUAGUCUUGCAGCCAGAUACGGCAUGACCGUACAUCAAAUAGAUGUCAAGACAGCCUUUCUCAAUGGGCAACUUGAUCUGGACUUGUACCUUACCAUUCCGGAAGGAUUUCGAACCGAACAAAACAAAGGCAAAGUCUUCAAACUUAAAGGCGCUCUAUACGGACUAAAGCAAGCUCCUUUGAUCUGGAAUACACAAAUCGAUAAGACUCUUAGAGAACUUGAGUUUGCACCUUUGAAGAAGGAACCAUGUCUUUAUCGAAAGAGAGUUAAUGGAACAUUAGUACUCAUUGUACUUUAUGUUGAUGACAUGUUGGUAAUGAGCUCAGAUCCACAGCUUGUGGAAUCGGUGAAAGAGGCCAUUGGCCUGCGCUACACAAUCAAAGAUUUGGGGGAUGCUAAGAAGUUUCUUGGAGUCAACAUAAGUCAAACCAGUGAUGACAUUACGAUCCACUUGACAGACUAUGUUCGUGAAAUGGUCGACACACAUCUCCAAGAGAAGGACCGUCCAGUUGAUAAUCCGUGCUUCUCGGACUGGUCUGAACGACUCGCACCUUCACUCGCCGACAAGCCUUACCACGAUCCAGAGACGUACAGAAAGAUUAUUGGAAAGCUCUUAUUCGCAAGUACCACUGUGAGGUACGAUAUUGCCUUCAUUACAUCUGCUUUAGCCAGAUACUCCUCAAGGCCCACAGUCAAGCACUGGAACUUCAUCUUGAGGGUUCUUAGGUAUUUGAAGGGAACAGCGGACUUCACAGUAAGGUACAAGAGGCAUAACCAACCCUCUUCUGAAUCGUUAAACGUACAAGCAUACUGUGAUGCAGACUGGGCAAACGACAAAGAGACUUUCAAAUCAGUCUCGGGGAUGCUCUUCCUUCUAGAAGGCUCCCCAAUUAUGUGGAAGUCCAAGAAACAAGGUCCUGUGGCACUAUCAUCUACUGAAGCUGAAUUCUACGCUCUCAGUGAGUGCACCAGAAACGCCCUAUGGCUUAAGCACCUUCUAAUGGAUCUCAAGCUCUGGAACAAGCUGUCCUCGAUCCCUAUGUACGUGGACAAUCAGGCAUGCAUUAACAUUGCUGAGAAGGACAACUUUAGUUCUGAAAGAACCAAACACAUAUCAGUUCGCCUUAGUUAUGUACACGACGAAAUCAAGAAGCAAAAUGUGAGAAUCAUCAAGGUACCGACUGCAGAUAACUUCGCGGAUCAACUCACAAAGGGUUUGGCAACAUCUCUCUUCACCAGGCUCAGAUCCCUCCAAACCACUGCAGCAGCAACGCUGUAG